AGAGGAAAAAGCACAGAAUCCCUAGGCUCCAGUCUUCCCAUGAGUAAGAGCAAAUGCUCCGUGGGACCCAUGUCCCCCUUGGUGGCCCCGGCUAAGGAGCCCAAUGCCAUGGGCCCCAGGGACGUGGAACUCAUCCUGGUCAAGGAGCAGAACGGGGUGCAGCUCACGAACUCCACGCUGAUCAACCCACCACGGAGCCCUGAGGAGGCCCAGGAGCGGGAGACCUGGGGCAAGAAGAUCGACUUUCUGCUCUCAGUCAUCGGCUUUGCAGUGGACCUGGCCAAUGUCUGGAGGUUCCCCUACCUAUGCUACAAAAAUGGUGGAGGUGCCUUCCUGGUGCCCUACCUGCUCUUCAUGGUCAUUGCUGGGAUGCCGCUCUUCUACAUGGAGCUAGCCCUUGGGCAGUUCAACAGGGAAGGGGCUGCCGGCGUCUGGAAGAUCUGCCCCAUCCUGAAAGGCGUGGGCUUCACGGUCAUCCUCAUCUCGCUCUACGUGGGCUUCUUCUACAACGUCAUCAUCGCCUGGGCGCUGCACUACCUCUUCUCCUCCUUCUCCGCGGAGCUGCCCUGGGUGCACUGCAACAACUCCUGGAACAGCCCCAACUGCUCCGACGCCCGCACCGCCAACGCCAGCGCCAGCCUGGGCCCCAACGACACGUUCGGGACCACGCCCGCCGCCGAGUACUUUGAGCGUGGCGUGCUGCAUCUCCACGAGAGCCGUGGCAUCGACGACCUGGGCCCUCCGCGGUGGCAGCUCACAGCCUGCCUGGUCCUGGUCAUUGUCCUGCUCUACUUCAGCCUGUGGAAGGGGGUGAAGACCUCGGGGAAGGUUGUGUGGAUCACAGCCACCAUGCCUUACGUGGUCCUCACCGCCCUGCUCCUGCGCGGUAUCACCCUCCCUGGGGCCCUGGACGGCAUCAGAGCCUACCUGAGCGUGGACUUCUACCGGCUCUGCGAGGCAUCUGUUUGGAUAGAUGCUGCCACCCAGGUGUGCUUCUCCCUGGGUGUUGGGUUCGGGGUGCUCAUCGCCUUCUCCAGCUACAACAAGUUCACCAACAAUUGCUACAGAGACGCGAUCGUCACCACCUCCAUCAACUCUCUGACCAGCUUCUCCUCCGGGUUCGUCGUCUUCUCCUUCCUGGGAUACAUGGCACAGAAGCACAACGUGCCCAUUGGGGACGUGGCCAAGGACGGGCCGGGGCUGAUUUUCAUCAUCUACCCUGAGGCAAUCGCAACACUGCCCCUGUCCUCCGCCUGGGCGGUGGUCUUCUUUGCCAUGCUGCUCACCCUGGGGAUCGACAGUGCCAUGGGUGGCAUGGAGUCCGUGAUCACGGGGCUGGUUGACGAGUUCCCGCUGCUGCACCGGCACCGGGAGCUCUUCACGCUCGGCAUCGUGCUGGCCACCUUCCUGCUCUCGCUCUUCUGCGUCACCAACGGGGGCAUCUACGUCUUCACACUGCUGGACCACUUCGCAGCCGGCACGUCCAUCCUCUUUGGAGUGCUCAUUGAAGUCAUCGGAGUGGCCUGGUUCUACGGUGUCCAGCAGUUCAGUGAGGACAUCAAGCAGAUGACGGGGCAGCGGCCCAGCCUGUACUGGCGUCUGUGUUGGAAGCUGGUCAGCCCUUGCUUCCUUCUGUUUGUGGUUGUGGUCAGCAUCGUGACCUUCAGGCCACCCCACUACGGAGCCUACGUCUUCCCUGCCUGGGCCAAUGCCCUGGGCUGGGUCAUUGCCACGUCCUCCAUGGCCAUGGUGCCCCUGUACGCAGCCUACAAGUUCUGCAGCCUGCCAGGGUCCUUCCGAGAGAAACUGGCCUAUGCUAUCACGCCUGAGAAGGACCGCCCGCUGGUGGACCGAGGGGAGGUGCGCCAGUUCACGCUGCGCCAUUGGCUCCUGGUGUAAACGGAGCCCACGGAUGACCAGGGCAGUCCUCUUGCCACAGGGAG